GUCAAAGGAAGAUGGCUGCGCGAGAGAGGAGAGUGUCUGAGGAAUCAUCUGAUGGGAUGUUUAUCUGUCGCUAACAGGAUGCACGGCAGCCCGAGAGAAGCAGUGGUUCAUUCGUCAGCUGCCCCGGCUCAGUGCGGUCAAACCCAGCGGUUGUCCCCGGCUCCUUGUGUCGCGGCUCGCCCCUUCACUGCUCUGACAUUGUGGAAUUCAUUAGCAGCUAGCCGCUAGCCUCCGAGCAGCGCUAACUCGCUAGCAGGCAGCUAGCAGGUUUCUGUGGACCCCUCGCAACAACAGACAGAUACAGACAACCAAGAGUGCCCGUCCUGACCGGCUAUGGAUUGGUGUUGGCUUCAGACUGGAUGACAGGGUCACACAGUUUCUAAAGCAGCAGCGGGCUUCUCUUGGACGUACACUGACUGGCAGUGACAGCCCAUGCAGUCGACCUCCUUUGCUGCCUUCUCUCUGGAAACACUUUUCCUCCCCUUUAUCCUCCACCUCCCCUCCCCUUCUUAUUCUCCCUCGUCAGCCAUCUUUUCCCUUUCCUCCCUCCUAAUUUCUGUUAUACUUCGACCUUUUACUCAACCCCUCUUCCUUCUUCUUUGAGUUCGUGUGACUUUUGACCUGCUGCCUGCUGGCUCCAUUAUGAGCUGGCUGAGCAGGUUGAACCCGCGAGGCUCUGGGAGUCGGUCUGGCCGGAGCGCCACCCCCUCCAGCCCCUGCACCGCAGACCCAGAGACCUGCCUCAUGGUGUUUGAUAACCAUUGGAGACAGCUCUCUUGGGUGCUGGAGCAGCACGAGCCUUCAUCGUCCAGCGACGACCUGACAGCUGUGAGGAAUCACACAGACCAGAUGUUGUGUCUGCUGGCAGAGGAGAGGCCUGCUGAGAGCACAGAGGGCGGCCCCAGUGUGCCACCCAUGGGCCCCAUACUGGAGCUGGUGGUCACUGAGAAUAUUCUGGAGUGCCUGGUUCAGUGGCACCUCCGCCGCGGCUUGGAUCCUGACAGCCAGGGGGCGCUGCUCAAGCUCUUUGAGAUGCUCAUCGGCCAGUCCCAGCAGCCUCUGCUACAGCACACAGCCGUUCUCCACCCCUUGCUGAGGCUAAUGGGAGCUUGUGCUGACCCAGAUCUUGGUUGUCCUCCAGUGCUGGAGAACAGCUUGGUACUUCUGCUCAACCAGGUGUGCGUGACCAUGGCCCGGCAACCAGUGGUUCUAGAGAUGUUGUUCCGUGCAGCACCAGCCCAGCAGGGCUCCACCAACCUGCUGAUCUUCUCCCUCCUCGUGCCAUUCAUCCACCGCGACGGAGCGAUCGGACAGCAGGCUAGAGACGCGCUGUUGCUGGUCAUGGCGGCAUCUGCGAGCCACGAGGCCGUGGCGCGCUACAUAGCAGAGAACUCCUAUUUCUGCCCGGUGUUAGCAACAGGCCUCAGCGCUCUCUACUCCUCUCUGCCCAGAAAAAUUGAGGUUCGGGGAGACGACUGGCACGCCCUGCGGCGGGAGGACUGGAUCGGUGUGUCGUCACUCGUGCUGUUCAUGAACUCCCUGGAGUUCUGCAACGCUGUGGUGCAAGUCGCUCACCCCCUGGUCCGCUCCCAGCUCCUGGACUACCUCCACAAUGGCUUCCUUGUACCUGUCAUGGGCCCCGCCCUUCAUAAGUCGUCGGUGGAUGAGAUGAUUGCCAGCACCGCCUACCUGGACCUAUUCCUGCGUAGUGUGACAGAGACUUCCCUCCUCAAAACCUUCCUGCGCUUCAUCCUGGUGCAUUGCCACGACAACGACACCAUCCUGGACACAUUGCUCACACGCAUCAGCAGCAAUUCAAGGCUGUGCAUGGUCUCACUGAGCCUCUUCAGGACUCUGCUCUCUCUGCACUGUGAAGACAUCAUGCUGCAGCUUGUUCUCAGGUAUCUACUGCCCUGUACCCAUGUCAUGCUGAGUCAGCGUCGGGCCAUCAGAGAGACAGACAUUUAUGGAAAGUCAGCAGACAAGUUCCUGUCACUGAUCCCCGAGUGCUGUCGGCUGGAUGCAGCGCCCUCUGCUGAGCGGGAUGAGGACAAUGCCUUCUGGGGCAAAGUGCUGAAUAGUCCAAGUACAGAGUCUCCUGCUCCACCCAGACCCAGCACCCCAUCCCGCUUAGCCUUCUUCAUCCGCCAACAGAGCAGUGGAGGAGGAUCAGGGGGAGGGGGUCCCUCUACGCCCACCAGCAUUGAGCCGCUGCAGUCUGGUCCUAACAGCUCUCACCCUUUAUCACCUGACAGCCCAAUGCACCAGCUGCAGACACACACAGAGUGUCUUGACUGGGACUCGGGUUACCUGGAGUACCUCAAAGACGCCCGACGAGGCAUCGAGCUCUGUUCCUGGGCCUGCCGAGACUGGUCAGCACCCUAUGAUGGAGAAAACCCCUCCCCAAUCACAGCCCCUCCACCCCCACCUCCCCCCACCUCCAACCCCUCCAUGGUCAUGUUGCCUGAGCACUUCUCUUUUCAUCAGGGAGGAAGCACUAACACCCCUCCUGUCCAGCAGAGGGCAGCCAUUGUGGCUGCCGCAAGGUCUGAGUGGAGCAGUUCAGAGCGGGACAGCGGAGAGUGGGACAUUACGAUCGGCAAAAACAGCUGCAUCAGCCUCACGCCUCGCUCCAAGAAACGCAGCCUGCAGAGGGAGGAGCUGUUGCCAAAACCUGUACCUCCUCUGGUCCCGUCUUCCUCGUCUUCAGCCACCUCUCUAACAACUUCCCAUGCCGCCUCGUCUCCAGCUCCUCACAUUCCCACCUCAGCUAUCACUGUUAGCUACCAGGCCAUGUAUAACGGAACAAUGGGACUGGGGGACGGCUGCUCAGACAGUCGAGAUAGAGGUCUGGAGGUAAAGAAAGUGAAGAGAGAUUUAGGGGAGCAAGAGUAUUUGGAUGAAAAUUCAAAUCAAAAUGGAUCCCUCGUCACACGUCCCUCACAAAGCUGCACAAGUCUCCCACAAUCCAUUUUUAACAGCAGUGACAUCAGUGAUGAAAAAUCGUGCCCUAACCAGAUUCCCUCACAGAGCUCAAUUUCCCAACCAACGUCUGACACCAAACUGCUGACCUGCGACACCUCAAACCCGCACAGUGUAAACUCAGAUCUUCCAGAAGCCAACCAGACGCAGCAGUCUGUCGAGAGUCUCAUCGAGGAGCUGCUAGAGCAAGCACCAGGGGACCCCCAGCUCCCUCAAGACACCAAUGGUCAGGGCAUCAGCAUUGAGGCCUUCACACAGGAACUGAGAGAGCUGGAGGACAGGGUGAAGGAACGCUGCAGAGCAGCCAGUCUACAGGAGGAAACGAACAGAGAGUCCCUGACAGCUGAGCGGCCGGAGGAGGAACAGCAGCCGUCCUUGGCCCUGGAGGCAAAGCUGAUAAGUGACACAAAAGUAGAGGGCAAUGUGGUGGGCAUUUAUAGUCCUGCCAGACCAUUAAGCCAGCCGGCCUCGCAGCCAUACACAGGUCCAUUUAUGGUGGUUCUGUUUGCCAAGCUGGAAAACAUGCUCCAGAACUCACUGUAUGUCAACAUCCUGCUCACGGGCAUCGUGGCCCAGCUGGCCUGCUACCCUCAGCCCCUCCUGCGGUCCUUCCUGCUCAACACCAAUAUGGUCUUCCAGCCCAGUGUCAAGUCACUGAUCCAGGUUCUCGGUUCUGUGAAGAAUCGCAUUGAGGCAUUUGCAGCUUCCCAUGAGGACUUCCCUGCCAUGCUGAAGAAAGCCCAGCAGUACCUGGUGGCCCGAGGCAAAGUGGACUGGACCGACUCGCCUGCAGCCGUUCCCCCCCUGCGCCGCUCGGAUUCAUUAGUGAAGAGUCGUAAGCCAUCUCUCGGAGACCUGAUCCUUCGUCACACCAACAGCCCGACUCGGGCCCGGAAUGCCGCUCAGCUGGCCCUGGCACACGUACGGGAUGGCAGCCAAUCACUGACUAGCGCAUUGUUCCGGGGCAGUGGAGGGUCAUCAGGCCUGGAGAAGCAAGCCGAGGCACUGCGAGUGAAGAACGCCGUCUACUGCGCUGUCAUCUUUUGUGAGUUCCUCAAGGAGCUGGCUGCCCUGGCUCAAGAGCACGCCGUCACCCUGCCCUUCCCGCAGAGCCAGGAGGUGGAGGAAUAGACGGUAAACACAGACUCCUGAAAUCUAGCUCUUAGCCUCCAUUUCUUUUUGUCUAGGUUGUAAAAUAAGAGUUGUAUAGGAUUCACCCAUCACCAGAGGACAUACUGGAGCACUGAGACUGUUCAGUCACUGAUGAGGUCGUCUACAAUGUCACAGAGGAAAACAGUGGCAAAUUUUGUACCAAAAUCAUUAUAGGAAACCUAUAGGACUAGAAGUACUGUCCUCAUCUGUAAACGAAUGAUAGAGUGCAUAUCAUGUAUUAUAUUUACAUUCUAUACACACAAAAAUCUCUUUUUUGGAAAGAAACAAGAUUUGGGACACAUACCAUGUCAUGGUAUAAAAGCAUCAGAUAAAGAAAUAGGUGCACAUACUGGUGCUAGUCAGUGCUCUAUAUUUUAAGAUGAAAGGUGCUUUCAGGCGGCACAGAGGAGACAGGGGUUUUAUCCUCAACAAAAUUAUCACAAACACCAAAAAACUGAAAACGUUGAAAAUGUGAGAUACAUGAUGAAAUACAAAGUGAACCACUCAGCUUCUCCGCCUCCAUCAAGGAGAGGCCAAAAGAGAACGAUCACAGAAAAAACAUUGAAGAAGAACCUCAAGUGUCCAUUUUGUUUCUAAAAGGCUCCACUGCUGCAAAGACUCAAUGAACUGGAAGAGGUGAGGCGAGAGUGCCACUUUCUUUCCUGUGAAUCAGAACGACCAUCACAAAUGUACUGGAAUUAAUUUUUUAACAUUUUGUUUGAAAUGUGUUUUUCGUUGUACAUUUGCACCAUUUUCUAGACAUAUCAGCAACACGUGGGAGCAGGUGUGACUGUGUUUGUGAACGUUUUUAAAAGUGACUCCAUUUUCGAAAGGUGGCGUUGAGUCAUCAGGCCGUCGCUAAGCCAUUCACCUAUUGCCAUCAAAAAAGGUCAGCGGGAUUGAAAAGGCAGCGCAGCUUUACAGUGCAUAUCUUUUUAAUGUGUCAUUAAGUCUUUUCAUCAGACCUUAGAGUCAAGGAGAAAAUGGCGAGAAGGGAAGGAUUUUUUAUUUUUUCUUGAUGAUUUCCAUUUACUUUGAACUGACAGGAAAAGGUCCUACUUCAUGGCUUUUCUUUAAACAGAUCUUUUGUCUGAGCGAAGAAUUAGGCCCCAUAAGAAGCUAAUUUCAUGUCCUUUUUAAGGUCCCGGUUUUAAUCCGCUUCAAAAUGUUUUGUCUUUUUCGGAUGAGACAGGCCAAACUGAACAUACAAGCGUUCAUCUUGAAAUAUAACAUGCUGCUAUUUUUCUUUUUUUAAACACUCGCACCCAGUUCCGUUUGAAUUAUACUUUCACUUCAUCUCAUUGUUAGGUACCAAGUAUUAAAUGUGUGUAGAAGAUGGUUCAGUGCCUGUGAUGUGAGCGGCUUUUUUUUAUUUAUUAUCUUGUGUCAGAGAUUGAAUGAAGUUGCAGUCAAAGUGUUAAAAGAUUUUACCAAGUUAAAAUGUCAUCUUUCAACAUUGAGGCUCGCAAAUGUUGCGUGUGGGGACUUUUAUAAGAGACGGUGAUACUUCAUUUUUACAGGUCUGUAAUUUUUCUAGAAGAUUAUCAGGAAAUAACCUGUCGAAUGAAGCACGACACCGGUGUGAGUGCAGUGUUGAAUCCAACUGCCCAUGGCCCAGCUUUUUGUGAAGUAACUUGUUCUUUUGCACAUACUCGCCAUCCUCCCUCAACUUUCAGCAGCGGAGAAACUGCCUGCAAAGUCUUAAUCUCUGAAACUGAUUACCACAUCAUUUUUUCACAGAUGUCCUCUUUCUCAACAAGUCGAAGCCGCCUCGACUUGUCAAAGCCAUAGCCGUGAUCUUCCUGUUUGUACAUGUAGUUCUUCAUCACUUUUCUACACAAUUUCUAGACACAUUUUGUAACCCCUCCAGGUUUAUUCCCAUACAUACCAUUAGUUAGGAGUCUCUGCAUGCCUGUUAAGAUCAGGUUUAUGAUUAAAUAAUGGAUUAAAUAGCGUAGGGUAAGUUUUCUUUGGUUUGUGCAAUAGUGCCGAGCUUACGUUAGCCUCCAUGCGGUAGUUUUUUCUUAGUGGUUUUAGUGAGUCAUCCGGGUGCCUGCAGAGAUCAACAGCGAUGAACAUGUUUCACACUGAAUAUUUGCUCUAUAAUCAAAUUGGUAGAGAAAUCACUUCUGUAUUUUACCCGCUGCCUUCUGUCCUUCCAUCUGUUCAUCAAGUCUGUUGUUCAUCCACGUGUUCAGAACAAGAUUAAUUUUCCCCUCGUUCCGGGGAAAGAAAGUCCAGAAGGUGGCGCAGUUAACAAAGUUCCCUACUUUUACAUUCAACAGUUGUGUUUUAAUUUCACUAUCCUACUAAGAGUUAUGUUAGAGUUCGGGCAUAUUUUAAGCAUCUUGGUAAAUGUCUACAGUCUGCCCUGUAAGUGGUUAGAGUCAGUUGUAUGUUACUCAUACACAUAUGUAGACAACAAGGACAAUUUCUGUGACAACAUUGGAAUCUCGCAGACAGUUUCUUUGGACCUGGUCUUAAAAGUUAUUCAUGAAGCACUAUUUAUACGUUGAAAAGCUGCAGCUAUUAGAGCGUUGAUCUCUGCCAAGGCCCAACAGUCCCCUUAUGAAAACACUUAAGUUAACUGGAUCUGGAUUUUUUUGGGGACCCUAAACAUACUAUCCGGCAAUGUUAAAGAAAGGGGCCCUUUGUCCAGAUCUGUAACUAAAUUAAAUGGGUUCCUUUUUUACCUAUGUCCCAUCCUUUCAAAUAGUUUCAUGGAAAUCCGUUCAGUAAUUUUAGUAAAAUUUUGAUUAACCGAAUAACAAACAAGUAAAAAUCCAGAUUUAUUCUUAAAAUGGUGAUUUUAUUUUUCCCAGAUGAAGUUUGGACAGUGAAACGUUUUUCACAGGGUGACCACAAGUUUCAGAAGUUCAAUUGUCGGCAUUGAUCCUGUUUGAAAGCAAAUCUUUCUUUCACUUUGAACUCUUUGUGUUUAUUUAUUUUUUAUCAUUCUCUUAUUUUUCAUUAUAAAAAAUACUAAAGACAUUAUUGUGAAAAUGUUUGUAGGGGGUGUUUUGUCUAAAGGAGAUUAUUUCUACUCGGGAUUUGUCAGACGAAAGCAGAACGUAAUAUAGAAAAUCUAAAUUCACACAGUGAAAUAACUAACUAGCGGACACUGUUUUUAAAUUUGCAUUUGACGGAAAGAUUAUUUUUCAAGCAGCAACUAUCGCAGCUGGACGCUGAAGCCAAAGCAGCCAUUUCUAUCUGAUGUUCUUCAAAUGGCCACAAGAAAACAAAAUUGCAUUGUCAUGAAGUGACAGAGAAAACCAAACUAAUGAUACUAACUCAAUUAAAAGUUGCACAUAAUAUAUAGCCUGUGUACCACAACAUGUUAGGGCCUCAAAAUGUGUAGAGUCAUAUUUUUGAACACAAUGAUUUGAAUAACAGGCGUCUCAUUCAGUUGCUGUUUAUCGAAGACCGAAAAUGCCAUUUUUUUAAAUAAAUAAAUAUUAUUUGAAUUCAUGAAUAUAGAAACAUUUAUAAAUUAAUUGAGAAGUGAAGAAAAGCAUAAAUAAAUAAAGACAUGAACAUUUAUAGCCAUUUUCUUCGGAAGCCUAUUGAAUUCACUUGAGAGAAAAAAUCUUUCCUGUUUUUAUGAAUUAACAAGAUAGUUAAAUCAUUAAUUAGCUUCAGUAUUUUUUAUCACCCAACUGUAUUCAUUUGUAUUUAACUUUUUUAUCUGCAUUUAUUAUAUUUUUUUAAAUAUAUAGAAAAAUAUAUUUAUUUAAAAUUUUGGCAGUUUAGAUUUUCCACAGUAGUUUUCUUGUUUCCUCACCUCAUCUACACUCAAGACUCCAAAUCAUCUGUUUGAUAAAAAUGUUGAUUAAAAAGAAAAAAAUUAUUUCAUCAUGUUUUGACUGUAAACUGACAACGUUGGUGCAGAGUGUUAAACCCAAAGCUACGUUUAAAAAAAAAAAUCAUGUCCGUUUUCUCCCGUUGUCUUCAGACAGAUUUACUUGAACAUUACAAAUUUUCUGUCACUUAAAGAUGUAUUCUGUUGGAUGAAUAUUUAAAUUUUUUAGUUUGUUGCUUUUCAAUUCAGAGCACUCUAAUUUUGAGUUGCUGUGUUGUGUUUAUUCAAGGGUACAUGGAAACACACUGCAAACAGAAAACCAAAGUGUAAAACUGUCACUUAAUAUAGAAGUGAAACCAACAGCGACACAACUUAAAAGCAGCGGAGCUUCAAGUAGCAAGGCUGCGAGGUCCUUUAACUUUAAACACACAUACCAUUCAUUUCAGCAACUCACUUUUUCACUUCAACUAGAAACUAGAAUCUUUUCUCACUCCUGAUCUCUUAGUGUCAGAAACACUAUGUGCCAUGUUUUUAGAAUUUUUAUUUAAUACAAGGAUUUGUAUUGCUUAUCAUGGGAUGUACUACAUCUUCAUUAGUUUUUCUUUCUUUCUUUCUUUGGAAAGCUGUGACUUUUCACUAAUAUUUCUCCCCUGUGAUCUAUGCAAACAUGCUCUAAUGUCCCCUGUUUGAAUCUGAGAAGAUGAUUUAAUGUGUAAAUACUGUAAAAAUGGGGAAAAAAGCAAUGGGUCAGAAAUGUAGAGGUGUGUGAAAUAAUCAACGGGUCAGCCUGAAAAUCACGCUAAAAUAAUGUAAUGAUGUUGAAUGUUGUCAGAAAUAUUUUUCUAUAUUUUGAAAUCAUUAGAAAAAAGGACAAAAUAUAAAGUGGGAUAAGCUGUCAGAAGAACACUACAAAGGGAAUGUUUUUAUUAAUUUAUAAAUUCUUUGCCUAGCAAUA